AUGGACGGUGUGUGCAAAAGCAACAACCGCAGUCUGGACCUCUGCUUCGACAGUGCACAGGACACUGCUCCACCCAUAUGCGAAGCGCUGGCUCCUCUAGUGAAAUUAACAGUCCACCAUCCUCCUUUGCUGUUAACAAUCGACGCAAAGUCGCCUCUUGAAUUCGUCAUUUCACCGAUUGCCGUUUCCUAUGAUUUCCACAAGGCUGAUCAUCGUAGCAUCACCGAAGAGUUAUCCGGUCUGGAUUGGGGUGGUAUCCUUGAUACCGAGGACAUGGAGGUGGCUGCUCAAACUUUGUCCAAUGUGCUGGCAUACGUAAUUGACAGACACGUCCCCAAAAAGCUGCACCGCAAUACAUCGCGUCGUCCUUGGGAAACAAGCGAACUGCGUAUGUUGAAAUCUGGAACGAGGGCCGCUCUAAGGAAAUUCACCAGACACCGCACACUGCUACUCCGGAACUACUAUGUGAGGAUCAAUUACGAAUAUAAGCGCAUUGCGAAACAAUGCUUCCUUCGUUAUCAGCGUGGCAUGCAGAGGAAGCUUAAAUCUCGUCCUAAACAGUUUUGGAAACUCGUAAACGAACAGCGUCACGAAUCCGGUUUGCCAUCGUCUAUGAUGUUCAACGGUGAUGUGGCCUCCUCUCCGCAAGAUAUAUGUAAUCUCUUUGCCGAUAAAUUUGCUAGUGUCUUCACCGAUGAGCAACUGAAUGACAACAACGUCGCACUCGCCGCUAGCACAGUUCCACACUUUGGGCAAUCGCUGAGCAGUGUAGACAUCGAUGAAAACAUGAUUGCCAGGGCUUCCGUUAAGCUCAAGACGUCGCACAACCCGGGACCCGAUGGAAUUCCAUCGGUAUUUGUCAAGGCGCAAAUCAUCAACCUAUUGCCACAACUGCUUCACGUAUUCCGACUCUCCGUAACUACUGGCCUGUUUCCGUCCACAUGGAAGCUUGCGCACAUGUUCCCAUUGUUCGAGAUCGUCAUCUUGGACCCGUUGUUCGAUCACAGCACCGAGCAACAUGGAUUCCUGCCUGGUCGCUCAACGGCCUCUAAUUUGCUGUGUCUUACCUCCUAUAUCUUCGAGACCAUGGGGAAACGCGUUUAA